AUGGCACAUGUGGACAUUCACUGUGAAACCCUGACUAUGACCUUCCAGACCGAAGGAAUUGCCUUACUGGACACCGUCUUCUUCCGGAAUUAUGUUGAGCUCAUGGAAGCAGGCCUCAACUCUAUAGGCCGCACACGGGAGCCAUUCUCCAUACAGCUUUUAGGGAAAAAGCUCUACAUCUGCACGCCUCCCACGGACGUCUCGAAUAUCUUCGAUGACACUGUGAGCUUCAACUUUGACAGCCACUUAACUAGUCUCCUGACAAGCUUCGGCAUAUCGGCCGACGCGCUCAAGCGUGCAUGGCAUGAGCCGAAGCUGGGAGACUGGUGCUAUAUCCCGAAUAACCCCUUUAACCCAAAGCAAAAGAAUCUGAUUCAUUGCGUCGAGGAUAUCUACAAAUUGCAGCUUCUCCCAGGAGCUCAUAUGGAUGAAUGGUGCCGCACCUUUCUAGAUUCGGUGCAGGCGUCUCUAUGUGGCAUAGAAAGCCUAGAAUUUUGCACUGCGCAAUGUGAGGGCUGCGUCUGGUAUGGUGAAUGCGCACCUCGUCACGUCUCCCUCUACAAGCUUGUGUCGUUCUUCAACAUCCAGGCCACAACUCAAGCCAUGUUUGGCCCACAUCUUUAUGAUAUUGACUGA